UAAAGUCACAUGACCCUCUGUGAAUGACGUUUACACGAGGAAAUUGAAACUUAUGCGUACAUGCGAAAUCAGCUGGAUCCAACGGAGCAUCUAUGCGGACUUGAAGGGAAAAGAGCGAAGUACAGAGUCGUCAUAUGAUGGAAAACUACGUAGCUAAACUAAACGAGUUAACACAGAAAACAGGCUCUGCGCUACGCUAUGAAGACCUCGGCUCUGUUGGCCCUGCACACGAUAAAGUAUUCACCCAGAGGGUUAUUCUCAAUGGUAAAGUCUAUCCUGAUGGUGUGGGGAAGAACAAGAAAGACGCCAAGCGUAAUGCAGCUAAAAAUGCCCUGGAAUGCUUUUUGAACUCGAUUGACACAGUAAGAAUACUUUACUCGAAUAUUUGCAUUGCAGGUAUUUAAAAGACCAAUAUCUGACUUGUUUUAUGUCUCCUUAAUGUAUAUUUGUUAUUGUCUUGACAGACAGAAAACGCAGCAGAAGUUUCUACUGCACCAAUUCAUCAGAAUGUCACAUGUCACAUUCAUCAGACAAGUAUCACUCAAACCAACUAUGUAAGUUGGCUCAAUGAAUAUGGUCAGAGGAAUGGAAUGAGUAUAAGAGCUGUGGAGUCAACAAGACCAGGACCGAAUAGUACUAUUCAAUGCUGUAGCUUUGUGGUUGGUGAUACGGAGUACCCAAUAGUCACUGGGAAAACAAAGAAGGAAGCUAAGGAGGAAGCAGCCAAGCUUGUUUAUGAUAUGAUAGUUGGCAGUAAGUCCACAGAGACUGCAGGAGAGACUUACAACCAAACAUUCCCUCAACAAAAUGAGGAAUUAAAUCAAAGUGUUUCUAAUAUCUGUAAUACGACAAGAGGUCUCAGUGCCAACUCUGACAGCAGCUUUACAGGGGUGAAUUACGUAGGAUUUAUCAACAACUACUGUCAGGAAAGAAAUCUCCGCCCUACGUACAUUGAAGAGAGGAGAUGUGGUCCACCUCAUCUCCCUCAAUUUUUCUACAAGUUAAAGAUCAACAAAAAGGAAUACCCUGAAGGUGAGGGUAAGAAUGCCAAGGAGGCCAAACAAGAUGCAGCUCGGUUGGCCUGGGUUAUUCUUCAAAUGGACAACGAGGUGUUCAUGAGAUCAGCAGAGUCCGAAGAUAGUACAACACCGAUGUCAGUAGAAUCAUCUACACCGGAGUCCCAUGAAUCAUUAUCACAAAACAUGCCAAUGAGUAUAAGUUACCCAGAAAUUGCUGAUUCAUCAAACCCUUCUCUGGCUCAGGAUGCUGUCAAACGCAAGACUAUGGGAAACAGUAAAAAUGAGACACGCGCCCUGUCAAGGUUUACCUUAGACUUUGACAUCAUAGAGUGUCUUGGCAGUGGAUCAUUUGGUUGUGUUCACAAAGUAAAAGAUAAACUGCUGGAGAAGCAUUUUGCUGUUAAGAUCAUCUGCUGUGAUGAGAUCAAGAAAUCUCUUCGUGAGGCGAAGACAUUAUCAGACCUCCUCCACCGUAACAUCAUUCGAUACUACACAUCUUGGAUGGAGGAUACAGGGUGUCAGUGUGACAUUUCUGCUGACAGUUGCAGCUCUUCUUUCCAGCCUGCAUAUAAUCCAUCUGCAAAGUACCUCUAUAUUCAGAUGGAGUUAUGUGACACCAAAACACUUCAAGUGUGGAUUGAUGAGAAGAACACUCAGCCUCUGGAAGACUCAGAGAGAGGAGAAGAAAGUCUAAAAAUUGCUCGACAAAUAGUUAGUGGAGUAGAAUAUAUUCACUCCAAGAAGCAAAUCCACAGGGACCUUAAGCCUGCCAACAUCCUGUUUGGACUGGAUGAGGAUGAAGUAGUGAAGAUUGGGGACUUUGGUCUGGUCACCAGAGAUGAUGAUGCUUUCAUGGACAGAACAGCGUCCACAGGAACUCCAACCUACAUGGCUCCUGAACAAAGGACAAAGACCUAUGACCGGAAAGUGGACAUAUUUGCUCUGGGGUUGAUAUACUUGGAACUCCUGUGGAAAGUCUCUUCCGGCCAUGAAAGAGCAAGGGUUUUGCUUGAUGCCAGAUAUCAGAAGUUUCCCACUGAGUUUUCACUGAAGUUUCCCCAAGAGAAGCGAAUCAUUGAGUCAAUGCUCUGUCAGCAGCCAGAAGGCCGUCCUGAAGCAAGUACACUGGAAGCAGAGUUGGAAGAGAUAUUCAAGAUGCAAAGAAUGCCUCAGGGAAAUGUAACUAUCAACUCACGGCUGCUUCGCUCGCUCGCUUGUAGUAUAUUUUUCGAGAUGGACUACGUGGCCGAGCUGAAGCAGCUUGCAGCCAGAAUGAACUCGACACUAAAGUUUGAGCGAGUUCGCUCUGAUGAACAUGACUGCAGGAAAAGAUUCUGCAUGAGGGCUGUGGUCGAUGGCCAAGGCUUUCCCAAUGGUGUGGGGAAAAGCAAAAAUAAGGCGAAGCAGAAAGCAGCUAAAUGGGCCCUGAGAUGUUUGAAUGUGAAGGAGAAUGAGAGCCCGGUGACUGAAAAUGCUACAGAAAUUCCUGCUGCAAAAGCUCAUAAACGUGUUCAAAUCAAACACGAGAGCUUGCUCAAUGAAUCUGGCCUGUUGAACAAGAUGCCGAUAAAGGCUGUGGAGUCACCAAGACCGGAACCAAAUAAUGCUACUCAAUGCUGUAGCUUCGUGGUUGGUGAUAAAGAGUACUCUGCUGCCACUGGAAAAACAAAGAUGGAGGACAAGAAGGAAGCACCCACGCUUGCAUUUCAAAACAAAGCUGGCAGUGCAAAGGAUGUACUGAAUCCUGAAGGAGUGAACACAGGAAGCGGUCCCAGUGAUAAGACCCAACCAGGAUCAACCCAAUCAGGAAUCUCCAGCAGGUUUACACAAGAUUUUGACUCCAUAGAGUGCCUCGGCAAAGGCGGCUUUGGUUGUGUUUUCAAAGCAAAACAAAAAUUGACUGGGAAGGAUUUUGCUGUCAAGAUUGUGCUCUGUAAAGAGAACGGAAAAGCACUACGGGAGGUGGAGGCAUUAUCAGACCUCCAUCACAGUAACAUAGUUCGAUGCUUCUCUUGUUGGAUGGAGGACUCAGGAUACCAAUGGGACAGUGCAUCUGACAGUUCCAGCCCUACACAGUGUUCUGUGGGAGAUACUUCCAUAAAGUACCUCUACAUUCAGAUGGAGCUGUGUGACACCAAAACACUUGGAGUGUGGAUAGACGAGAAGAAUGUUCAGAAUGUGAAAAAAUCUCUGCAAGACUCCAAGAGAAGAGAAGAAAGUCUAACUAUUGCUCAACAAAUAGUCAAUGGAGUCGAGUACAUUCACUCCAAAAUGCUCAUCCACAGAGACCUGAAGCCUGCCAAUAUCAUGUUUGGGCAAGAUGGAGAAGUAAGGAUCGGAGACUUUGGUCUGGUCACUGCUGAGAAUGAUGACGAUGGCGAGAACCUGAUUGAGAGAACGGUGUACAAAGGAACCCCUUCUUACAUGGCUCCGGAGCAAAGGAGCCAGAAUACUUAUGAUCGAAAAGUUGAUAUAUUUGCUGUGGGGCUGAUAUACAUCGAACUUCUUUGGAAAUUUCCCACUUGGCAUGAAAAACAAAUGGUGUGGAACGACAUCAGAAAGCAGAAAUUACCAAAGGGCUUUUGGGACAACUUUACCCAAGAGUACUUCAUCAUAAGACCAAUGCUGAGUGCGAAACCAGAAGACCGACCCGAAGCAAGUCAGCUGAAGACAGACUUGCAAAAGUGCAUUCGUAAACUUACCCCUCAGGAAAUCCACCGCGGUGGCAUCCGCUCUGUCUGAUUAUUACCACUGUAAUAAUAAUCAGACAGUUAUUAUUACAAGGGUAAUAAUUAUGACCAGUUAGUCAGUAUUAAAGCACUUUAUGAUGCUGGAUGGUCACUGACAGGUGGUCUGAUAUUUAUUAAGCACUGUAUAGAAUUUUCACUCAGGUGAUUGAUUUGAUCAGUGCAGAAUAUUACACUUGUUUUGAAUCACUGUCUGUCUGUAAAGUGAAGCACCGUCCAGUCAACUUUGCUGAAUUUUGCAUACCAUGCCACUCACUGC